GAAUCUUUAGUCAGUGCCAGCAUUUCAAACCGUUACGACAGCUUACGUUCCUCACGGAAAGAAAGAAAGGAAGCACAGAAGGAGCUACUACAUUCUACUUCCACUAGUCCUUUCCCCCGCUGCAACAGGAAGCUGAUAUUGGUUCGAAACUGCCCCCGCCUAGUUUCGUAAAAAAAAAAAACGUAUACUGCCAAGUGUCCCUCAGCAUUUCUACAGAGCAGUGCUUGCGCCGGAUCUGAUUGAAGUGUGUACAGUGUAUUGUAGUGUAGGAAAGAAUUGUCGAAUUUAGUACAAAUUUUCCAUUGAGAAUAAGUACCUGAUAAGCAAAGCUUAAAACCCGAAAACAACCAGCCCACAAGAUGUCUGCAUCACCAAUCGCACGCCAAGCUUGCAGCCAGAUGCAGGCCAUUCCAUCGAAGAGAGUUCUCAUCCAUGACGCCUCCGAAUUACCGGAUCUCUACUCGUCGACACCCGGUGGUACCCUGUAUUCUACGACCCCAGGAGGUACACGCAUCGUCUACGAACGUGCCUUCAUGAUGAAUCUGAAAAACUCCCCUCUGGCACGCACCCCACCGUCUAACUUGAACAACCUACCUCUCAACAUCCUGCGGAACAGCCCGACUGGUGUCACUGGCAAGCCCAAGGCACAACCCCAGCAGCCGCCAAACUCAGUACCCAAGUUCGAUGAGCAUCAGGAGCAGUUCGACAUGGACCUGUAGAUUUUGCGCCAUCGAUGGGGUUCUUUGUUACUAAUGGAUAAUUCAAGUUCUAUACGUUAAGCUGAUCCACGAUAUAAACUUUAUAAGUUUAUCCUACUUUGUAAGAUUAAUGUUAAAGCUUUGCAACACACCUAUAAAGAACACACUGAUUCGAGGAAACGGGAAACAAAAAUGCAUUCAUCGUAACGAUGAUAAAGCCCACGUGCGAAGACUGCUACUAAAUCCAUCUUUAUAGUGAGCUCUGGCAACCCCAAGAAGCAAGACAGAGUACUUAUGACGCCUUGCAAGAGUGCACGUUCGAGUGAGAGGUCAUUCUGUUUUGUCGAAUUAGAGGUUAAUACUUAUUCUAUUCUUUCUAAUCGUGCGUAUCCCCCGACGACAGUCAAUCCUGUCAGCGCCAUGCCGUGCUGUCACUGGCCAACAUGUGCGGGAAGUUUGUGAUACUGGGUGGCUGAAUCAACAACCAUCCAUCUUCUAGGGAGUAGAGAUUGGUUUAGAAGAGAAAAACAAAAAUCAAAACCGUUUAAGUAUCAGAAAAUACAACAUUAGCUGUUAGCCAUUUUGAGUGGAAUUGAAAUUGACACCAUCUUCCAAAAAUAAUUGUCACAUUUUUCUUGAGCCAUUUCAUUUAGGUGGUACAUAGUUGCUUUUCGACUUGAAGAUUAGGUUUCAUAAAGCUAUAGGAGUAAUGGUAACAGAUGAUAACCAAUUGGUGUAAAAAUUGUCUCUGCAAUUGCAAAGUCAAUCAUUAUACGAUAUCACAUAGCAAUAAGUGACAAGUAUGAAUAGAAACAUGAUGAUGUUUGUUUUUCUUUUGUUUUAAUGUAAAUGUUUUGUUGUAUGUAUUUGAAUAAAUGAUCCUAUUUGUAAUGCUACAACUACUUCUACUACUACUAUGACUAUUACUAGCAGCCGACAGAAGAUCAUAUGCAGUUUGAAUCUAAUUCAAUCACUUUUUUAAAAGCACGAUGCAAUGAUAUUUUACUUGAUUACAGUUAAACAAGAUAAUAAAAAACACAAAUAUGAA